UGAUGCAGUCACUUUGGUAGCAGAGUGAGAAAAACCCACGUACUGUUUAUAUUCACAGAUUCUCAAGCAGGCGAUGUUGUGCGCUGCGUGCCAUAGCAGACUACACGCGAAGGACUCUCCGUCAUACCGUUUGUCUAUCACCGUCUCGAUAGGAAUGGAAUGGAAUACUUCAAGAUGAAUAUCUGUCAUCAAAUAUCUCUGUCGACACGUGAUGUUGUUUGGAGUCAUACCCAGAUAUAAACGGAUGGGACUGAACUUGAUGUAAACACAGCUGAGUUACGGGUCUUCAUUUAUUUAUUUACAUCGCAGUAUAUAGCACAACAUAUACGUCGGAACAAUGCAAUCACAUGAAAUAGCAGUCCAAUCCGAGCCUGUGAGACGAACUGGCCGCCUCAGGAAACCACCAUGGCGCCACCGGGUUGGACUCGGGGGACGGGACAAGAGCAAGAUCGGUACACUCAACAAACAGUGGCUAUCAAGAACCUCCAUCGUAGUCGCAUUUUUUCUCAUCUCUUCCAUACUAUACAUCACAUCAAACAGAGCAUCUGAUAUGCAAGACAAAUACCAAUCAGAUGGUAACAUGGGUAGGAGUUUAUUGUCGAAUGAAAGCGGCGGCCAUGUAAGACCGCCCUGGGAGACAUGCAGCUUCGAAUCCGUUAAUCAACCAGUACUCUGGGUCAUCUUCUAUGCUAUAUUUGUCAUCAUUUUGUUCAUCGCAAUCGCAAUAAUUUGCGAUGACUUCUUUGUGCCUUCGCUGGAGGUGAUCUCGGAGACCCUCAGCCUAUCGGAAGAUGUCGCCGGAGCGACCUUCAUGGCGGCGGGAUCGUCGGCUCCGGAGCUCUUCACAGCCGUCAUCGGUGUCGCCUUCGAAAGCGAUGUCGGGGUCGGCACCAUCGUGGGAUCAGCCGUGUUCAACAUCCUCAUCAUCAUCGCACUCACAGCUGCUCUAGCUGGUCAGGUUCUUAAUUUGGACUGGCGCCCUCUGGCGCGUGAUAGUUUCUUCUACGGUCUGUCCUUGGUGUGUUUCAUCGUCUUCUCUUGGGACACGGAGUUCACGUGGUGGGAGUCCCUCAUCCUUGUCAUCCUCUACGUCAUCUAUCUCAUCCUCAUGAAGGUUAAUCCCAUCAUUAUGGACAAGACCAAGCACAUCACAUGUGGUGGUUUCUGUCGCAACGAGGUAGCUCCAUUGGAUGCCGAGGCGGGCGAGGCUGUCGGAGAGACCGCGGUACAGACCGUUACCGAUGGACCUGAAAACCCCGGACAAAACGGAACAGCCAACGGCAAUGCCUUACCGCGCAAGCUACCACCCCUUCAGGCGCACGAGCUUUCGGAAGAGAACCGAAAGAUAUCAGUUCUGUCCAACCAGUCGUUAGCAGUACCAGGCAACAAUCAUAUAUUCCAUCACGUGAAACAUGGAGAACUGUCUUCUAACUUUACCUCAUCGAGUUACGAUCUUAGAAAACUCACACGAGAUACUGACAGUCGGUUAGGUUCGCGACCUAAUAGCGCUCACUCUACAGCGCUUAGCUCGCGACCCGAUUCCCAAGCAUCGCUUGUAAAUAAUAAUAAUACAAAUAUCAACGGCGACGUGAACGCCAACAACAAUAACAUUCCCAUGGUAACAAAGACAAAUGGAAGCAUCGGCAACCACCAGAAUGGGGUUGUUCCGACCGUUGUCGCCUCUGAUGGGCGAAUGAACGGGGACUUGGUGGUGGGAGACAUGGAGAGUUUGGGUGGGGAUAGCCAGGGUGACUUUGGUAGUCAGACGCAGUUGCUAAGCGUGCCGGGUAAAGGUAACGCGAUGAUUAUGCGCGAUAAUGAUUCAGGGAUCCACAGCGCGCACGGAAACACCCCUGUCAUUCCCGAGUCUUCCUCUGACCCCUCUUCUGAUUCUUCCGACCCAAAGAGAAGACAGUCCCUGGUAGAUGGCCUCAAUCAUCCUCACCACCAUCAUCAUCAUCAUGAUGAACAUGACGGGGACCACAAGCCACACGCUCAGGGUGAGAAGGAAGAAGAAGAGGAUAAGAAAUCGGAGGAUUCUGAGGAAGAGCCGACACUUCGUCCCCUGCCCUGCCUACCAGCUAUCAACAUGUACUACCCUGAUAAGGAGAUCCUGGAGAGUACUUGUGGUUGUCUUCGCUACUCACUCAAAUGGUUGCUGUUUGUGAUUAGCUUUCCCUUUAUGUGUGCCUUCUCAUGGACCAUCCCCAACUGUAGCGUGCCACGUCUCAGGAAGUGGUAUGUAGCCUCUUUUCUGCUGUCCAUCUUCUGGAUUGCUGCACUCAGCUUCGGGAUGGUAACCCUGGUCGUGAAGAUAGGAUGUAUUCUCAAUAUCAGUGAUUACACCAUGGGUCUCGUCAUCGUCGCAGUCGGGACAAGCGUACCGGAUGCAUUGAGCUCCAUCCUAGUCGCCCGCGAUGGUUACGGCGACAUGGCAGUCUCCAACGCCAUCGGCUCCAACGUCUUCGACAUCAACCUCGGAAUCGGACUACCCUACCUCAUCCGAAUCGCCAUCAACGGCGGCACCAACAUCGCCCUCCUCAACCCUGCAGACCAGCUGCGUUUCGACGACGGUGCAUUCGGCCCGAUCCCACCCCAUGCCAAGUUUGGUUUCAUCCUCCUCCUCAUCCUCCUCUUCACCAUCCUCGCUUUCACCGCCGUUCGAUUCCGCCUCAACGCCGUCAUCGGGGUCUCCUUCGCCAUCAUGUACGUCCUCUUCAUGGUGUAUGCCUUCGUGCAGGAGAUCGUUUGCGAUGGUGGAUGCUAACGACCACCACAACACGAACAGCAAGCACAUACAAACAACAAACUAAUAGAUACAAGAGCGAUAAACACUAGUAAAUUCAAGCAAAGUAUCAGGCAACAUUAUACUGUUUUUAAAUUAAUAUGGCAAAAAUUAUGAAAUGAAUUAUGGAUGAUGUAAAUGAUUAUGCUUCAUAAAGUAAAUUCUGGCAAAUCAAAUUCAUCGAUGGGUUAAAAUUUAAAAAGUAAAUAUUAAAGUAGGAUGCACAUUUCCGUUUGUAUGUGCUGAAAAAUGACAAAGGUUAGAUAAAAUAGCAAUAAUCAAAUUUGCAUAUUCUUUCUGAGAAUGCAAUCGUAUAAUUAUGAACACCCGGUUAUCAAUCAAAAGGUAUUUACUAUUAGAGCAAAAUCGUGUUAUAGACUUUGGGAGAAAAGAAAAGGCUCAGAGUAUCAUGAACAUUUCAUAAAUCUACAUUUUAUCAUGGAGAAAUUAAACCUAUAAACGCUAUUGUAAUACACUUAACAAUGCUCUUCGAAACAUUGUUCAUAAGAUAUUUUCCCUUAGAUUUUUUGUUCCGUCUUUCGAUAUUGGUAGAGUCAUCCGGGUAACUUGGUUUCUAUUUAUGUCUUGCCAUAGACCGCUAUUAUAUUUAAAAAGUGAAUAUCAAAAUUCCGUCCAAUUAUAGCUUUACAGUUUGUUAGACACAAUGUUAUUGUACAUAUAUUCCAAGAUACACAAGCAUGGACUAAAAUGUAUAGAAUUGGAUUAAUAAAUUUGAUCUAUUUCAUGGUGUUCUUUUGAAGAGAUACAAAUUUCGAAUUAUUUAUAUUUUGCGUUGUUAUAGUGCAAUGUUAUAACCGGUAUCUUCUUUUCUCUCUUGCUUCAAUCCCAACAUUUUCAAAUGUUGUGGUCGGUGUUGUAAUUGCAAUGCAGAUGAGGAUGGAUUGAUAUUUGCUUGUGGCAAUAUUCUUUCUACCCAGUUUGUGUGAGAGAAGUUAACGUGGGAUGCAAUAAGUAGUCCAGAGUUGAAAAAUGUGAAUUUUCCCCUUUCGGUGUCUUGUAAACGAUCAGGGUGUGCAUAAUAACAUAUGUAAAUAGAAUUGCAUUACAGAGGGCGGGUAAUCCUCUGGACUGAUAAUGAAGAAAUUAAUAAUUGAACGCGUCAAGCGAUCUACCAAAACACAUUAGUGCCUCUGCUCAAUAGACUGUUUCUACUUGGCGACAAUAUAAUGAUUCAUGUUUUGUUUCUUUAGUGCACUUUCUCAACGUUCAUAUGUACGCUUUAAUGACUACAGUGUGUGAUUCCCUUAUAUUGUACAAAGUACUACCUAUCGCAGAGCUACAUAGUGUAAUACUCUGAGAUUAUAUUUAAGUUUGUAAAGAGUGUUGUACAGUGAAACAAUACAGUGUAUAUUAGUAACAUGUACAGUAUCCCCCCUAUCAUUUUUUAUAUAAAAGUUGUGUGGCACAAACAUUGAAUACCCAUGCAUAACAUGAUAUAGAUAUGAGAAACUGUAAGUCUAGGCAUGGAAAUUGUUGAUAUUCUUCUCUUGUAAGCUGAGCCAAUGUAAUUUAUUUUCUAAUAAAGGUUUGAGACUGA